UUUUCCUUUAAACCACACCUCCAGCUGACUAUAAAUUCUUCCUCUCUGAAGCAACAGUGUCAGGGGGGGGAACAAACUCUCAGAGCCAGGCUGUUUUCUCCUCUCUACGCUCAGUACCUGCUCUCAGUGUUUACAGUGCUUGUUUCCUCCAGCAUGUUUUGGCACGGCCGGCCGAGUCUUGACAGAGCUCCAGGAUCACUGUAAAGCUCUCAGGAGGGAGCUGUUGAAUUCGACGGAUCACAGUGAGAAGGGGGAAUCGGUGCCUAAAGGAAAGGAGAGUCUGGAUUAGCUGAGGCUAUACGACCACCUCGGAAAGAAAAAGGAUUUAGACUUUGUGAUGGCUGACCGGGAACACCUUUAACCCCUCUUUUGGUAUCAAAUAAACCAGACUAUUUUCUGACUGGAUCUUCUGUGGAAAACAGUGCUGCUUCCACAAGUGUAAUCCCUGAAAACCAUGUAUACAAAUGGAACAAUCGAUCACUGCAGAGUACCCGAUAUUGCCACGUACCAAACCCUCUCCUGUCUGAUGAUGGGAGAGUUUGUGCUGGGUCUGCCUCUCAAUCUGUCCGUCCUCUAUGUCUUCAUCUUCAGGUUCAAGUUCUGGAAGAACAAAAGUAUCUUCCUGUUCAAUAUUGUGGUUGCCGAUUUCCUGCUGGUGGUCUGUCUCCCUGCUGAGGCCUACCACUACUGGAACGGCAUGAGGCGCAGCAAGAACCCGGUGGUGUGCAAGCUGAUGCUCUCCAUGCUGUUUCUCAACCGCGGGGCCAGCAUCGCCUUCCUCAUCAUUCUGUCCAUCGAUCGCUACUUCAACGUGGUGCACCUCGGACGGAAGAACCUCGUCAAGGUGUUGAAGAAAUCUCCUCAGAUCUCCAUCCUCAUCUGGCUCCUCUUGCUGCCCCUCACCAUCCCCACCAUGGUGGAGACGUUCGAGUGCUGCAACAGCCACGGCCGAGCGGUGGAGACUUAUUACCACGAUGUGACCGACACCUUCAGAGAGGUGGUCUUCUUCACCCAGAUCGUCAUCCCCUUCAUCGUCCUCGUGUACUGUUCUGUGCGCAUUGUGAACCGGCUGAGGAAGAAGACGGUGGGCGAGAAGACCAAACUGAGAAGAGCCGUGUGGGUGGUCAUGUCGGUCGUGGGCGUCUUCUCCAUCUGCUUCCUGCCCUGCACCAUAGGCCGAGCGGUGCUGCUCACCGUCCGGCUGCAGAAUUGGUUAAAAGAGGAGGAAGUCGCCGUUCAGGUCUACGACGGCCUCAUGGUUUUGUCGUACAUCGACUGCCUGCUCGACCCGCUCGUUUAUUGCUUCUGUAACUCGGGGUUUAAAGACGCUUACAUAUCCACCUUCUGUCCGACCUGUCUUCAGAAGAGAUUGAUAAACUCAGACUUUACGUUGGGAACAACGGAAACACCUACGAUGUCUGGAGGUAGAACGAUAACAGAUAAAUAAUCAACUUAGGUUGUUAUUAAACACUAUCUCAGAAACAGAACAGGUACACCCACACAGGAGUUUUUGUGCAUGUGGCAGAUGAGAUGUAUUCUCUGAAAAUGUUAAUCUAGGGCUGUGUAUAUCUAUUCUGUGUGCACAAUUUAGCUGUAACCUUCCAUAGCAAUAAGAAUUAUAUAUUAUAAGAAAUAAAAAUGCAGUCUACAUUUUUUUACAUAAUAUGUGGUCAGUUAAGGUGCAGUCAUAUUUUUCUUUCUUCAGGUGUAAAUAGCAGAAAUAUUUUUGAAAUCCUCCUUUAAAGGCUUUAUAUGCAAUAAAUAUAAUAGAAAUCAAGUAUAUCCUCUGAAAAUAACUCUGUGAGUCAUGACUGUCUACAAUGGGUGUAACACCCGAGUCCCACUGUCUGUGAUGUUUUCAGAGUUUUCAGAGUCCUAUCUGCACUUUGUUUACAUCGCCGGGACGGCCGGCUGACUCCUCCCCUCGCGUAUAAAAGUUGUUUAAUUGAGGGACUAGAGAAAAGAAGAAUAACAUACUGUACUCACUGCUUAACUGUGUUUCUAGAUCACGCUCAUUUCAGGUAAAUUUACAUGCAGUGUGAAGAUACGAGCUAGCUAGCAUUAGCAUGCUAACACAACAAUGCAGCACGAGUUGUUUUGGUUUCAUGCUGGUGCUCAAGGGCGACAUCUGCUGGAUCAAAAAAUAAGCAUAUAAAGCCUUUAAAGGGGAGAUAAAAUACUCAUAUACUGUGAAUUCUCUAUUAAAACGUGGUCAGAAAUGUGUCAUAUAAAACGUACUUUCAAUAGCUCAAGUCCAAAAAUGUAUUCAACGAGAUUAUUCAAAGAGGAAGAAGAAGUCAGGUGAGGAGGAAGAGAGCCAAACACCUAUGUGGGCGUACACGGCGUUUAAGCAGAUUACAAUGUUGUCAUCGGCAUCACAGCUGAUCUCAUGUUAAAUCAAAUACAAACGAUAUAAGAACAAUUGCCAGAUAGAUGUACUAAAGCUACGUAUUCUAAAAUAGUCUAUAUAGACCACUGCAUAUAAAUAUAUAUAUUUUUGCAUCAACUUUUACUUGAAUGUAUAAAAGUUUUUUUUAUUUUUUAUUUAUGUGGAUUCAUUCAGAGCAGGCUUUAAGAAGCUGAGAUAAUGUGUCCAUCCUCUUGUGACUGUGAUUGGUGAUCAUGGUUUUACUGCAUAUGGUGGCUUGUGCAAUAACUACUUGAGCUUGAGCUUGUUUAGUUCUUUUAAAGUCUUCUGACUACUCAAAGCGCUUUUUAAACUACAAGUCACACCUACACAUUCACACUCUGAUGGCAGAGGUAACUAGUCCCAUUCAUACACAUUUAUACGCUGACGAAGCAGAGGGAGUUUAAGUGUCUUUCUUGCCCAAGGACACAUUGGACAUGCAACUACAAAGUACCCGGCAGUGUUGUAAAACAAAGGGCAACAACUGGCUCAUAUUUUCAAUAUAAUCAAAUAAUAUUCAAAUAAUCACCCCGAUGGCCAUCUUAAUUGCUUCUGUUUUUGGUCUGUAAAGGUCAGUAAAUGUUGAAUUCGAUUUGCAAUUUCUGUCCCGCAAAGCGCAAAUGUCCUUAUUUUGUUUUCAACCCCAACCUAUGAUGUAAUCUUUUAAAGAGAAAUAGGAAUACUUCGUUUUGAGAAGCUAGAAAAAAAGAGAGAUUUGAUUUUUUUU